CGCCAUCUUGGAAAAUGGUGGACAUCAUGGUGCCAAUUCAAAAAAUAGGUCGAAACAUAAAUUUUUUUUCGAGAAAUUCUGACACCAGAUGGCAUUGAAGGACCUUGCUUGACAGAGGACAAAUAACAGGUCAGCUCAGGACAGCGACGUAUGUAGAUCCCAGGUGCAAAAUGCAAUAUUUUAUUGACAAUGGUUGGAGCGAUGGCGGAGAGACUUCCAAUGCUUAUGUUGGAAUAGACGAGGAUCUCAUAAAAACAAGAGUUACGCCAGCGAUACAAGCUAUAUGGAAGGAGUACAACGUAGAACCAUGUAGUGCAUCAUUAAAUGGUAAUGACCUGGGCGAAUCUUUAGAUAGCGGGAAAUGCGUUGCAUGUGCGAAAUCGAAAAUAAACGAGGACUAUCUCGUUAAUGUUGUUUUUGCGUCAUCGUACCGCCAUCCGUCCAACAACUCCCAAAUGGAUGAACUGCGCGAAUAUGAAAAGGAGGAGACGGAACCCAUUGCCGGUGGUCCGUACAGAGUUUUUAACUAUUGGGCCCUACGGUCUAGUCGAUGGCCAAAAUUGUCUGCCAUGGCAAAAGAUCUGCUUUCGAUACCUGCCACCAGUGCUGCUAGCGAAAGAGCAUUUAGCACUGGUAAAGAUAUCUUUGGAAUUGCAAGAAUGAGUCUUCAUCCCGAGACCGUCGAAGCCUUUGUUGUCAAACAUUAAGAAGAUGAUGUCAAUCAGGCUUCGGCCAGGCGUAGGCCAGGAAUCCCGCAAGUUGCAACAUUGGUUGCUUCGUCUUUAUUUGUUUUUGUUUCAUUCUUGCUGGUUGGCAAUUACUUAUUUAAUUUUUGCUUCGCGAAAACAAAAAUAUAACCGGGAAAUAUAAUUGUUUCUAAAAUUCGUUCAACACUAACUGUGUGUGACCUUGUGUAAUGAGCGCUUUCAUAGUAAAUAAUGAUUUGAUAGCUGACAACUUCUAAUGAAGGGGGAAGGUAAAAAAGAGGGGGACAUUAGCGUCUAACGUGUGUCUAGUAGAACAGAGCAUCCUCAGAUCUUUUUUUCACUCUCUCGUAGUAAACAUGGCUAAACAUCGUUCCCGUAAAUCGGCAAGAUCCAGUUCGAGUUCCGACUCUGAUUCUUCUUCAAGUUCAGGUAGCUCUGGCUCUAACUCCGAUUCAAGCAAUUUUUCUGACAUCCAGAAGGCCAAAAACAAGAAAUUCCAACUCAAAGGCGAAAAAUCGGCCAUCCUUUCCAAGUGGAUCAUCAAAGGCCUUAGUGAAAAGGACGUCAAAGCAGCAAGAGAAGCUUUCAAACCUUCUCUUAAACGUGACAAGAAAUACGACGGUUCAGACCUUUUCACUAAUCCAAAACUAGACGAAAGUUUGUAUUCCGCCCUUAAAAAAGCUAGAAAUUCUGCAGCUUCUGUCGUUAAUAUUGAUCCUCAGGAGAAAAUUUAUAGGAAGCAGACCGAUCUCGUCUUGGAUUUAGCCAAACAUAUCCUGUUUAUGGCCAGUCAGGCCAAGAACAAAAAGAAAUGUAGAUCAGACCGUAUCACACUCAAAUCUGCAUUGAUGCUCUGGUCCCACCUUUUUCGCAACAUCACGCAAGCCAGGCGCUUUAACAUCUUAUCACAGGUCCACUCAGAUCACACUGUCCUACUUAGUCGUGCAGCGGAGAAGCUCCCUAUAGGAAGCGAGGACCUGUUCGGUGAUAAAUUUAUACGGGAGCUUUUAUCACAAGUGAAGGUGGCAAGUCGAGUCAGCACCUCAGUCUACGCCACCCCAGCAUCUACAUCGACUCCCAUCAAGCCUAGUACGAGCAGGACACCGGCAUCUACUCCUUCAACGCCGCUACAGGCUCGUCACACCGCUACGAUAAUCGUGCUCCCUCAAACGCAUCAAUGGAUGCCAUCCAGCUCGCUCUGUGUUCAGCCUAAGUAGACGCCCUUAUAGAAAAGGGCGCAAUAAUAGAAACGGGUGGAGAAGAUGGUUAUAUCAGCAGAUAUUUCUUAAUUCCAAACAAUUGUAAAAUUGAUCAAGCGAGCGGAGCUCGUGAGGAACAAUUCAGAUUGUUUAUUUGUAAAUAAAUUAUUUGUCAAAUAAAAGUGAGACACUAACUGUCUCUCUCCCACCCGCUCCCAGAACCACAUUUAUUUAACCGUCAAAUUUUAUUUUAUUUUAUUUCAGUGGAAAUAAUCACGGGUACCACCACGGCAAGAGGAAUGGACCCAAAACUAACGAUAACCCGGCUAACAACUCUUCGAACGAAUUUAAACAGUAACAAAUCGCUAACAUUAUGUAUAGUCGACGCGUCGUCACUCAAUCCACCUGUUUUUUUUUUGUCGGCGUGAGCAUAUCUUUCGUUUGUGCUUUUAAAAUCUGAGUAUGCUCUGUUCUACUAGACACACGUUAGACGCUAACGCCCCCCUCUUUUUUACCUUCCCACUUCAUUAGACGUUGUCAGCUAUCAAGUCAUUGUUUACU